AUGAGUGCCCCUUGCGGCCUUAUAAGGAACUGGUGGCCUCUUAGGGUUCAUCAAGUUCCAAUCCCCCUCUUGCAUCUUCAAUUGCAAUUGUCGCCUUUGUCCGUCGUUGAGCAUCUCCCCAUGGCUGCCACGGUCAGUGCUGUGUUCACAGAUGAAGCAAUUGCCGUCUCUGAAGAGCGAACCAGCCUCAGCCUCAUUGGGCGAAUCUUUGGCCCCGCUCCAUCGACGGGGAGUCUUCAGCAUUUCUUGGUUGACGUUUGGAACUGCAAAGGGUCGCUGACGGUUCUCCCGAUGCCGGCGGGCCUGGUCCAAUUCAUCUUCUCGGACCCUUUGGAUCGAAAGAAGGUGCUGGCGGUUACUCCCUGGAUCAUAUCCCGAUUCAUGAUUCAUGUUCAAGAAUGGGAGGAACCAUCAGAGGAGGUCGCCCAAUCGCUCUUACGGGUGCCGCUUGACGUUCAACUUUGGGAUGUGCCCUAUGAACGCCUCACCACCCUCAUGGCCCGAUGCCUUGGUUCAGCAAUGGGGGACCUCAAGGAUGCUGCUGUCUAUGUAGGAUCUGAAACUGGCGGGGCUUUCCUCCACGUUCGAGUGGCUCUGGAUGUUUCGGCUCCGCUGUCACAGACUGUAUCUGCUUCUCUUGUGGCCAACAGUAAGGGUCCUUUCAAAGCUCUGGUUUUGUUUGAACGUCUCCCGUUGUUCUGCUUUUGUUGUGGAGUUAUAGGUCACAGUGGCCGUCGUUGUGCUCGUGCAUCGGAGUUCGUCGGGAAACCUCUGCCAUAUGGGAGACAUACGCUGGCCAAGGAAGAGGGGUCUAAAGUUGACGAACGCACUCUCAAGCGUCGCCAUCCCAAGCUGUCAUGGACUCGGCACUCCUGGGAGUCUUCUGUCGUGGGCAAUACUUCCGCUACUCUUUUAACCGCGGCCACAAAGAUGGACCAGACACGUUCGGGUAUGCAGGGGCUGGCCAUUCAGGCCGCUCAGCACACUUCAGUGGAGCUUGGUGGCUCAUCAUUGGUGCGCAAGCGAGAUUCACUGGAGGAAGGGGAGAUACUUCCGGAUCCUAAGGCUGUGUGUCUAAAUGCAUCAGAGAUGGAUGCUGGUAUUGAUGAAACUGAUGUCAGGGUGGAGGCAACCGGCCCAGCUCGGUCCAAGUCCACAUCAUGA